AUAAAGUAAAAGAUAAUGUUGUAUUUUGGUACAGGUUUCGAUACACUUGUCGGAGCAAAAUACAGAAAGUUAAUUCAAAAUUUAGAACACGACUGAUAAUCGUCAUUAAAAUUAAUUCCAAAUUUAAUUGAGUAUUGAACGACUUGUUUUUUCAGGAUUGAAUCUCAAGAGCACGAAUUAGAGAACAUGCGUCGCGAAUUGGCUAAAGAGAAAGCUCAUUCUAAGAAUCUUGCUAAAGAGUUGGAUCGCGCAAAUGAAACAAUAAAAUGCCUUCAAGUACGUUUGGGUUGGCAAAAGUCUCACACUCCGGAAACGGGUGUAGAAGAAUAUGAAGAGGAGGUGGAACUACCAAGUGCUCAACGUAACAACAAUAUCGCGAAUAUUGAAAGUCGAGUGUCUAUUUUUCAGCCAACACGUUCCAGUCAACUCGAAGAGUCUCGUUUUGUUGCUUCGUUGAACCAAAUGUCUAUAGCUUCCAUCGCAAUACCUGAAUGCAAACCACUGGAAAAUAGUUCAGUAAUUGAACGGCAAGCUUUCAAUAAUUGGAAAGACUUGUUAGUAGACUCUCUAAAGUUGGCUGGCAUUAACGAUGAGCAAGUUAAAUUUACAGUUUUUAAAGUAAAAGCUGGUUCACGGCUAUUGGAAAUCUACCGAAACAUUCAUUCUUCUCCGGGGGCUCCAGAUUUUGAAAUCUAUCCCUUUACCAACGCUAUGUAUCGGCUGUCGACCCAUUUCUCAUCUGAUACCGAUGUCAUGAUGCAACGUCGUAAGCUCGCGAUGAUACAACAAAAUCCGGAGGAAUCUGACCUUAACUUUGUUAUGCGAUUAGGCUCACUUGCAAGAUUGUGCAACUAUGAUGGUGAUAAAGAAUUUUCCGAAAUCAUUAAUGUUAUUGCUGGCUCUGCUAAAAAUAAAGAUGUACGUAAAAUGGCUAUGAAAAUGAUGAGUUGCAAAGGCACAUUCUCUCAAGUUGUGGACAAAGUAAAAGAAAUCGAAACCAUUCGUAUGAAUGAAGAGUUUUUCCAACAAAAACUUCCACCGAAAGAGCCGGCGAUGUUAGCACGUGUCGAUUACACAGGUAGCUCUGAACGAGGAGCACCAAAGAGACCUUGGAGUCAAGGGAAUUCUCGUUUUGAUUCUGGCGUAAUGAAUCCUUGGAAAGAGGCGCAAAAUCGAUAUUCGUCAGCUGGGGGUAUGCGCAACAGAUUCCAAAACAAUCGCUCUACAACUGGAUCGAGUUCGCCUUGGAAAAAUUCACCGAACGCAAAAGCACUCUCAACACGUGGCGGAUUUGGAAACCGUUCAUCAAGUCUCCGUGGAGGUUCUGGUACUAACGAGAACAAAUGUGUUCAUUGUCAUAGCGUGUUUCACAAAUCAUCUGAUUGUUUUGCCAAGGAAUACCAAUGCAAAAAUUGUGAUGAAUUCGGCCAUAUAAUUCGUGCUUGUCCACAUCCUCCCAUGAAACGUCGUCGUAUGGAGCAAAGGUUCAAAGGUCCAUCAGCAAGCAUCUCAGCCGUGGAAAAAUCGGAAGACUCGUCGGAAAUUGAAAAUAUGCAAGGCCACCACUGUUAUAAAACGUUCGAUUGGAUGAUAGCGUCUAUUGAAAUCAAACCCAAAGAUGGAUUAAUAGAGGCAAAAAUAGCGGGCAUGAAAUUCUCCUUUCUGAUAGAUUCGGGCGCACAAGUGAACACGGUUACCAAGACAAUGUUCAACGUGUUAUGGGAGAACUUGGAAGCAAGGAAUCAAUUACUUAAUAUUCAGAAAAGCGAUCGUCCACUUAAAGCUUACGCUACGGCAAAAGAAAUCGAAGUAUUGUUAACUUUCGAAGCACCUUUAUUUAUAUCUAUUGAUCGUCCAAUAUACAUCGAAAAGUUUUUUGUGGUACAAGCAAAUCAACCUCUACUAAGUAGGGCAACUUCACAGCGUUAUAGUAUUCUUUUGCUUGGACUUGAUGUACCAGUUAAAGAAUCAAAUAAUCGAUCAACAAGAGAAUUCGGAGCUGGCGAAAUUUCUCACAUCAAUGUUAAAAAGGAAUUUGCAAAAUUUAAUAUUCCACCCGUAUCUAUUGAUUACGAUCGAUCCAAGGUUCCGUGUCGAAACGUGUUUAUGAACAUUCCUGUAUCUUUGAAACCACUGGUAGAAAAACGACUCAAAGAACUUAUUUCGGCAAGCAUAAUAGAACCGGUGACUUCAGAAAUGGAUAACAGUUUCUGUUCUUCCAUGAUUGUUGUGCCUAAAGGUAAACAUGAUAUUCGACUCGUGAUCGAUCUUCGUGGUCCUAAUCGGUACAUCAAAAGAACACCUUUCGCUAUGCCAACUUUGGAAAAAAUUCUCUCGGAUCUUGACGGAGCUACAUGGUUUUCAACAAUUGAUCUCUCUAACGCGUUUUUCCACAUUGUUCUUGAGGAAGGAUCACGCCAUCUAACAAACUUCUAUACCGAGUUCGGUAUGUUUAGAUUUGUUCGUUUACCCUUUGGGCUGACGAACGCCCCUGACAUAUUUCAGGAAACUCUACAAUGCAAGAUUCUUGAAGGUUGCGAAGGAACCAAAAACUACCAAGACGACAUUUUAGUUUACGGUCGAACAAAAACCGAACACGACGAGCGUUUGCAAAAAGUUAAAUCGAGGCUAGCGAAUCAUAAUGUGGAAGUAAAUACCUCGAAAUGCGUCUUCGGCAGUCAGUCGGUAAAGUUCUUGGGUUUCACUCUCACCUCAGAAGGGUGGGCUGUAGAGGCAGAAAAAGUGGAUGCCAUUCGAAAUUUUCGGAGACCUGUGUCAUGCUCAGAGGUUAAAAGCUUUCUCGGGCUCAUUACAUUUGCAGAUCGAUUCAUAAUUCACAGGGCAACAUUUACCGAAAAAUUAAGAGCAUUGGCAAACUCUCCGUCCUUUUACUGGACAGAAUCUGAACAGCAAGAGUUUGAUUACUUGAAAAAUGAUGCACUCAAGACAAUCCAAAAAUUGGGAUACUACAGCAAAACCGAUAAAAUUGAAUUAUUUGUAGACGCUUCAGGAAUCGGACUAGGGGCAGUACUAGUGCAAUACAACAGUGAAGGGAAUGCAAGAAUUAUUGCGUGCGCUUCAAAAGCCCUCACACCUACUGAACAAAAGUAUCCCCAAACACAUAGGGAGGCACUGGCAGUUGUAUGGGGCGUUGAACGCUUUAAUUAUCACUUGAUGGGGCGAUCAUUUGUAGUUCGAACAGAUGCACAGGCUAACGAGUUUAUUUAUAAUGGACUACAUAGGAUUGGCAAAAGAGCGACAUCUAGGGCUGAAGCUUGGGCCCUACGCCUGCAGUCUUACGACUUCAAGAUCAUGGGCGUAUCAGGACACAGUAAUGUCGCUGAUGCCCUCUCUAGGCUUAUACAGAAUACCGAAAAAGCAAUACCGUUUGAAGAAGAAGAAGCAAAUCAUUUACUGUUUGCAUUAGAAGCAGGUGUUAUGGAUUUGACGUUACAGGAAAUCGAAACAGAGACUGAAAAUGACGAUGAAUUACAGCUCCUCAAAAAUAAUUUGAGAAAUAAUAAUUGGUCUAUCGAACUGAAGAAGUAUGCUGCUCACAAGAAGAAUAUAAACAAUCUAGGCUCGUUACUGUACAAGGACGAUAGAAUAAUAUUGCCGAAGUCUCUGCACAAUGCAGCACUUUUAUCCUCUCACGGUGGUCACAUUGGUGAAACGGCAAUGAAACGAAUUAUGCGAGAAUUUUUUUGGUGGCCAGGAAUGGCCAAGGAUACCGAAAACUUCGUCAAAAAUUGUAAAACCUGUGUUAUGAUGUCGAAGAGAAAUCCACCAAUUCCGCUCUACAGCCGAGACUUACCUGAAGGACCCUGGGAGAUCCUACAAGUAGAUUUUCUGGCGGUUCCUGGUUUUGGUUCUGGCGAGUUUCUGGUAUUACUAGACACAUAUUCAAGGUACCUGACCGUAGUCGAAAUGCACCGCACUGACGCAGACAGUACUAAUGCGGCAUUGUGUAACAUUUUCAAGCUAUGGGGCUGUCCAAAACUGUUACAAAGCGAUAAUGGACCACCAUUUCAAAGCGCGACUUUCUGUGAGUUUUGGGAGGAAAAAGCAGUUAAAAUUAAGAAAUCCAUACCCUUGUGUCCUCGUACCAACGGUGCUGUAGAACGUCAAAACCAAGGGAUAAUAAAAGCACUAACUGCCGCAAAAAUCGAUGGUGUUAACUGGCGAACAGCACUCCAGAAGUAUAUACAUCAUCACAACACUUUAGUACCACAUGCCAGGCUCAACGUAACUCCGUUUGAGCUUCUUGUGGGCUGGAAAUAUCGGGGAACGUUUCCAGCUCUAUGGAGCCCUAAAAUCAAAACGUUGGACAGAAUAGAUAUCGCUGAACGUGAUAAGGAAACUAAAUAUAUGGACAAAACUUACGCGAAUAUCAACCGUGGUGCUAAAGAAUCUACCAUCAAAGUCGGCGACAAGGUUCUGUUGUUUCAAUCCAAAAAAAGUAAGUCCGAUCCUUCGUUUUCGUCAGAGUAUUUUUCGGUUGUAGCUAGAGAAGGAGGAAAAGUCGUUAUUAUUAGCCAAAACGGAGUCCAGUACACGCGGAAUAUUGAAGAUAUUAAAAAGUAUGACCCGGAAAACAUUUUAAUACCUGGUGAAGCAGAACAGCCUACUAGCCGUUCUCCUGCGGAUGAGGCCAAUCAGCAGAAAGAACGUUUUCUUCCAGUCUCUACACGGCUCCGUGAAAGAAAGAAUUUGAAGAGACCAGCCCGAUAUGACGAUCGUGACGGCAUCGAGAGUAACAUUCUCGGUCCACGAACCUCCCCGGACUCGAACUUUGGCGGACCCUCCUGGCUGGCCGGGGACAUCUCGCUGGCUGACCUCGGCGCCAGUAGUCCUCUGGUAGCUGGCUGGCCCUAUGUGAUGAUCCUCUGGCUCCUAGAUGGCCCCUCAGGUGGUGCUGUGGCUGGUGGCUGGCCCCUCGACCUGGCUGGUCCUUCUGCGCUGGUCACUCAUCUGGAUCCAUAA